AUGUCAUAUAGUCUCCGUAAACUGAGGCUUCUCGUAGAUGACCCUAAUGGGGAGCUCGCGACGAACCUGGCCACCGCGAAACUGUUUUGUGCCGCCGAGGACGACGGGGAAUCGGAGGAGUUAGGUAGCCUCAUGGGGCCUGAGGUGCACUAUGCCAAUUUCUGGGGUGUCGUAAGAGGACAAGUUGCCGCACUCGCUGUGAUGAGGAAAGAGCAUUCGGCUCUUCGCCUAUCCUGGUCAACUCAAGUAACUGUCAUCACGCCGAAUACCUUCGAGCGUCAAGGUUUUGCACAUUUUACGUCAGGUGGUAUGGCAGCGAUCCCUUUGGUUGGAAGCUGGUUUACAAAAUUUUCCCAGCGGCGGGUGCGAGAGUCAUUAGUGGUGAGGGAUGGGAGAGUGGUAUUUCGUGACCUCAGCUUUCAGUGGGGACUUGGUGUUCACUAA